GAGCGGGAUUCUUCGGCGGGCUCCGGGGCCGCCGCCCGCCCCGCGCCCUGCACCGCUGCCCCUCGGACCCGGAGCCCGUCCAGACCACGAGGCGCGUGGCGCUGGCCUGGAUCCGCCGGCUGAGGCCGCGACCAGGAGGGGACCCGCAAGCCCCGGGACGCUUGCUCUCCCCAGGAACCAACAGUGGCAGUGGCCCGAGGACUGGACCCCGGCCAGGGUCCCCGUCCCAGCCCCGCAGAGCAGGACGUCACGGGAGUGCGGGGCGCGUGGCCGGGGAUAAGAUGUGAGGCGCGCGUCCCCGAGCCCCACCCGCGCGCCCCGCACCGCCGAGUUCCGGGCUGCAACGCAGCGCGGCGGGGAGCAGACCACAGGCUCCUCAUCUGUGAGGGAAGAAAGUCAGAGUUCUUGGAAGAUCCAGCUCACUUGACAUAUGAUGAGAACCUCCAGGGAGAAAACCUCCAUGCCUAAGGCCAGGAAAACGUCCCCAGUGUGAGCAGGGUUCCUCGGCCUGCCCCUGCGGCUUUGGGAACAGACGCUAACCCCAGAGAUCCGCCAUGAAACCACAUUUGAAGCAAUGGAGGCAGUGCAUGCUCUUCGGAAUAUUUGCGUGGGGGCUCCUCUUCUUGGCCAUUUUCAUCUAUUUCACCGACAGCAAUCCCGCUGAGCCUGCACCUAGCUCCCUGUCCUUCCUAGAGACACGGCGGCUCCUGCCGGUGCAGGGCAAGCAGCGCGCCAUCAUGGGCGCCGCACACGAGCCCGUUCCACCCCGGACCGCGCUGCGUGGACGCCUAGUCGGCCCGGUCCACGUAGCGCCCGCGGACUGGCCGGAAGCGGUCUGGACCCAGGAUGACACUGGAAAUGAGGACGAAUUCUUCUCCUCUCAGGUCGGGAGGAGAUCCCAAAGCGCUUUCUACUCGGAGGACGACGACUACUUUUUUCUAGGCGGCGAGCCAGGGUGGUACAGCCACGCGCUGGGGGUCCUGGGGCUCCCGGGGCUCCCCUCCCCCGGCCAGCCCUCCCGGCGGGGACACUCUCGGUCCUCGGGGCCGGUCCCCAGCCGGCGCGCUCAGAAGAGGGCCCGGCAGUCGGCCAGGAGCCGCGUGUCGUUGUCAUUAAGAGGCCUGGAUGAGGACCGGCCGUCCGCGCCCCUGCCCGGCGCGCUCCUGCGGCGGCUGUGGACAGGCGAGGCGUCUGCGCGCAUGCUGAGCCCGCGCCUGCAGAAGGCCAUGCGCGACUACGUGCGCGCCAACAAGCACGGAGUGCAGUUCCGCGGGCGGCGCGCGCUGCGCCGGGCCCCGGCCGAGCUGCUGUGCGCGCUCAGGCGCGCGCGCCCACGCACCCUGGACGGCACCGAGCCGCCCUUCGCCGCGCUCGGGUGGCGGAGCCUGGUCCCAGCCACCGCCCUGAGCCAGCUGCACCCGCGCGGCCUGCGCAGCUGCGCCGUGGUCAUGUCGGCAGGCGCCAUCCUCAACUCGUCACUGGGUGCAGAGAUAGAUUCUCACGAUGCAGUGUUGAGGUUUAACUCUGCUCCUACGCGUGGUUAUGAGAAGGAUGUUGGAAAUAAAACCACUAUUCGCAUCAUCAACUCCCAGAUUCUGACCAACCCCAGCUAUCACUUCAUUGACAGUUCUUUAUAUAAAGAUGUCAUUUUGGUGGCCUGGGACCCAGCUCCUUAUUCCUCCAAUCUCUACCUGUGGUAUAAGAAGCCAGAUUACAACCUCUUCACUCCAUAUAUUCAGCACCGUCAGAGAAACCCAGCUCAAGCAUUUUACAUUCUGCAUCCUAAAUUUAUAUGGCAGCUCUGGGACAUUAUCCAAGAGAACACAAAGGAGAAGAUCCAGCCCAACCCACCAUCCUCAGGGUUCAUCGGUAUCAUCAUCAUGAUGUCCAUGUGCGACGAGGUACACGUGUACGAAUACAUUCCCUCCGUGCGGCAGACGGAGCUCUGCCACUACCAUGAGCUGUACUACGACGCAGCCUGCACGCUGGGCGCCUACCAUCCGCUGCUCUUCGAGAAGCUCCUGGUGCAACGCCUCAACACGGGCUCGCAGGCCGACCUGCACCGCAAGGGCAAGGUGGUGCUGCCGGGCUUCCGCACGGCACAGUGCCCUGCGCCUGGCCCAGGGGAUGCAUACUCUUAGGAAGGACCUUUGGGAACCCACGCGCAAUAAGGUACCACUGCUGUCUUCGGAGUCACAGAGGAUACUUGAAGCUAGAUCCUAGACAGUGUGGUGUGGAGUCUUGAACCGUAAUGUAGUGUGGACAUGAGAAUAAUUCUCUCCCAAGCCAUUGAGUAUUUUUUAGUACUUUGAGUAUGGAAAUGGAAUUUUAAAUAAAACACUCAAAAAAGAGGCAAGAAAAAGACUAGAUAGAAAACCAUGGGUCCAGUACCUCGUGAAGUGCUGUCUUUCUUAGGUCAGGGCUGCCCUUUGUCAGGGUGACUGGGGCUACAGGCUUCACUGAUGCUGUUGGUGACAGAAGAGGCUUUCUGUCUAGAAACAGCCACAUGGAGGUCAGUGUGUGACUGCCACUGAUGAAGGCAGUCAUCCUUAAAGAUCCUCUGUUUUCUCAUGAAUGUCUGAGUCAGCAAGCAGACAAAUUGAACAGGAGAAAUCUCCCCAGAUCAGGUCAGGUGCGCAAGUUCCCAGCUUUGUACCCCAACUCUGCUUCCCUCUUCCCACUGAAUGCUCUGCUCCCUGUAUCAGGACCAAGUUCUAAUACCUGGCCAGUCCAAGAAACAGCCAGUCCGUGAUGGCAUCCUCAGGAGGCCCUUGUCCCCUGCAGUAUUUCAGGACUCACCCACAGUGUCAGUCAUAGGCAAUAUCUCAAAGGAUCACUCACAAGGCACAGAGUGUCCCAGGCAGUGGCUUUUCUACCUUCCAUCCCUGGUUUGCAGGUCCACCCCACAGGUGGCACAUGUGGCACUCUGUCCUUCCAAACUAGAAGGAAGGACUUUGGACCUUCACCCCCGGGUUGCAGGGGACACACACCGGCCUCUUUUAUGGGGCUUUCUACAAGUUCUUAUAGCUGCUACAAACCUGACAGCUAAUUCUUCCAACUGACAAGCAUUUCAGAACCCAAUCCUGGUUUUCACAGGUGUGUUUUCUGUCAGCAGCAUUACAAAGCCUUAAAAUUAAAUAAAAAUGAGUGAAAGCAUUGCUCUUUAACAAGGAAAAUCAUACCUGUUCAGAUGGAGAGGCAGGCAGGGGAGAAACUCAUACCAGCCUGGUAGCGAUACUGAGGUUUUUAACCUCACAUUCUGUCUCUGAUACAUCAGUGAUUUUUGGUGGUGCAACAGAAACAUUUCAGAAUACCUUAACUAAACAUACUAUUAUUCCAAUAUCAAACCAAAACCUAUCUUAAUGGCACAGUUUAGACUUCAGGGAAGUGACAGCAGCUCAAUUAAAGACAGACUCCUUUGCAGGGUGUGUGGCCAUCGGGAGAGUUUAGUGGCAAAGGCUUUUUUGUUUCUGGAUUGGUUUGUUUCAGUACUUUCAGGAUGGCUUCUGUGAGCAAGAAUAGUUUACUGAGACUGGCAGCUUCUCCUUGGCUAUUCUACUCAGCAGAAUAACAUUAUUCCCAUAGAGAAAUGGGAGCAAUUGAAAAGUUUUCAUUUAUUAGAUAUUAUCUAAUAAAAGUCCAUCCAAGGAACUUCCUUACCAAAUCUAUGAGAAGGGGUGGAUGGUUUCAUCUUAUGUGUUAAAUUAUGUCCAAGUAGACACCAUCCAGCCCUGGUUCUCCCUUAUUUCCUGAAAGAGCUUGGUGGCAUCCACACACUUAAGUAAGUAGAACCUUCCCAGCUCUGGAAGGAGGCAGCAGAGGUGCUGAUGGAAUGAGUUCUACCCCGGAGUCCAGGGAUCUUCCUAGAUCUUCCAAGCCUUGCCAUUUUAAAUGCCCAAAGCUACUAAAAUCCCUGUUAUAGUCUUCCAAGUGGAUUCACUCAUGGGCAUCCUUAUUAUCCAGGACAGCCUCCCUUUGGUGGCAUGAGAAUUUGGUUAGCAAAUAAUAGAUUCAGGCCAAUGUAGAUAUUCAAGUUCAAAAGCUCCAGAAAACACUUCAGAGAUUUGUUAAAAUUGCAUUCUGUUGUAGCACCUGUACUUCCAAAAGAGUACUUUCAGUUUGACAGAAUUACAAGAAAGACUGGUGAACAUAAUGCAAAUUUAAUUAAAAUUUGUGAAUUUAUUAUGGCCUUAAAGAGUCUUGGGAAUCAGAGUCAGUUGAAGCCUGAGGAGAUGUGAGCACACAUGUUUACACAGCGCUGGCUGCACAGUCUCCAGUUUAAAAGUUUAAAUCGUUCAGCCUUACAAGUGCAUUCUGCUGUGCAUCAGUGCAAAGACUCCUCCUGGUACUCUUUGGUUCUGAGGGGUGGGAUUUUGUCAGACAUUGGUUAACUUCCUGUGUGCAGAGUGCUGAGCUCCAGUAGGCACAUGGCCUUCUAAGGAGUGGUUAGUCGUGAGUGACUCAACUCCUCUCCCCACCUCUGCCCCUUCCAGAACAUGCCAUCCUCUGGGGAGGAAGAGCUGAGGAAAUCCUUGCAUCCUUCCUGAAGGCCUCUGGUGCCACUCUGCACUCAGCACUGGCCAGUGUCACAUACCUCUGUACUUCAAGGUCAUUUCCCUCUGUCUUUGUGAAGACCAAUACUGGCAUCUACUUGCACCUUGAUUCCCCCAUCAUGUUUCUCCAGUUGUCGUUUUGGGGUUGGAGACUCUUCUGUCCACUGGGUUAGGGCCAGAUGGACUGUCUGGGUGGAUUAAGUGGGAUCCAUCUUAGAUAAGCCACACUCACUCUGUGACAGAAAAAUGUCAUGAGCACCAAUGACGUGAUUGACUUUCUCCAGGUUUUCCCCUCACUAGACAUAGUGCAUGUGGCUGAGGGUACCUGGGCCCCUUCUGCUUAUCUAUGAGAAGACAGACAAUGGGGGUUGCAUGGAGCUGGGGGAUUGUGGGCAGACACACAGCGUCCCAUUGUGUUUCCAUUUCUGACCUUUGGCUGAUUCAGACUUACCCUGUGCCACACAGCAGACAGAGGCAGCUCUGUUUAGAAACUAACUGGGAACACACACUUGAGGUUCAGCUUGGCUUUGAUACUCUUGAUAUUUCCAUUGUGAAAUUACUCUGCGUGAUUGAACCACCGGGGCAUUAUUUAAACACUUGGCAAAUGAAAGGGAUUCCUCUGAUAGCUCAAGGAAACAAAACGUAUUUCUGAUUCUUGUUUUAUUAAAUGAUCGAAGUCUUUUAGAAAGAGAAAAAUAAUCCAGUCUAUUCUGUACAAGUUUCGGUUAUGAAAUUUGAAGAAUUCAAGACAUUGAUAUAGUUCUUACUCUUAGUAUAGAAGUGUGCAUGUAGAUAUAGUUAUAUAAUUGUAUAUAUACAUAUCUACACACAUGGUUGGUUUUAUAUUGUCUUUUUCAUUAACUUUUAUGAUAUAACCUUUACAGUAAAUUUUUAAAUUACGCAAACUCUAAUUUUUCAAGAGAAGGAAACAAAUGUUACACAUCCUUCUAUUAAAAUAUGGUUUUCCACACCCUCUGUACACACAUUCUACACCCCCUGACUAUGAUAAACAAAAAGAAUAACAGAAAUAUUUUAAAGGCACCAUGAAGGUAGAAUCACUACCUAAUAUUGGAUCUUCACUGGAAGCCUGAUUGUAACUCUGAACUCUGAAGUUUAUCACUAAUUUAUGGCUUUUACAAGACUGGGUGAAGAAACAUUUAUUGGUUCCACGGAAAAUAGCCUAACUGGAUAAAUGCAUUGGUGUGAUAAAAUCUAGUGUUUAUAACAUGCAUCCUAUUUUGCUUUGGAUUAAAUACUUAUAAAAUUCUUCCAUUGGAAACCAGUGAACUUUUGUAAUAGCAUUGGGAAUUUUUUUGUAUGACAAUUUUUAAACUGAAAUGUGUACUCUUCCAAUUAAUUAAGGCUUGAGGUUUUCCAGAAGUUGCAUUUUAAAAGUGUUUGUACACAUUUUAACACUUUGAUAUUUUCUACUUUUGUUUUGUAUAUUUUUAUGUGUACACAGUGUACAGACUUUUCUUGUAAAUAAAACAUGUUUUCAUUUGUCUAGA